UUCUUCGAGAGAGUGAGAUGACUUUGCGUGAUACAAUAGGAGAUUCUUCGUGGACGCACCAAGGCAAGUCGCCAUGAAGAGGAUCGUGGGAUUACUGUUAAUAGUCAUUCAUUGUCUUAGUCUGGCUUUUGGUCAAGUAGAGGAAGUUAUGGAUAUCUUUAGUGAUUGCCGAAAGUCUGCACCGGACUUUGAUGAGUGCAUCAAGAGAGCAUUCAAUGAUCUUCGUCCUCUGUUUCCUGUUGGAAUACCCGAACUCAAUGUGGCUCCCUUUGAUCCUCAUCGAUCGCCAUACGUUGAACAGAGAAGAGGUGAUGCUAGGGGUCUUGGGGGCUUCCGGCUGAUCCUGACCAAUGUCUCUGAGCACGGAUGGACAAAUUCAGAAGUGACCAAGUACAGCACUGAUGCACAGAACAAUCGUAUCGUUUAUUCCCAGUUCUUCCCGGAAAAGAGUUUGGAUGGCCACUACAUGUUCAAGGCUCAGGCUCUGGGAACGCCCACGAGUACCAAGGGAGUGUGGAACUUGACUCUGUAUAACUACAGUCAGACAACGAGCGUCACGCGAAUUGGCGGGCCAGGAGGACUUCUCAAAGUCAGAGUGGAAAUUGAUAAAAUUGGCGAUAUGUCGAUGCACAUUUCUAAUUUCUUCGGAGGAAGACCGGUUUUAGAAAAUAUUGCCGAUGUUGUGAUUAAUUCAAUGUGGCAAACGGGAUUUCCAUUCAUCAAACCACUGAUUAAUGAUCUUGUCAGCACUGCAUUUACUGAUAUAUUUAAUGAAUCAUUCCGACAUUUCCCUUUAGACAGAUUCAUCAAAGACUAACUCUGUCUGAUAAGUGAUAUCAUUGUUUUUUUUGUAAAUAAAAUAGGAUUUUUUUAAUACUUUUUCAUAA